AGUGAGCAACAGGCGAAGAAAGAAGAAGAGAAUCAGUCAAGAAAACAUUGCUUGUUUGUGAACGCGUAUGUGCGCGACCUAAGAUCUCGAACAAUUAUUAAUUCCAAAGAAUUUAAUUAAACCUUCAGGCUCUCGAUUUAACCCCGUUUUACCUGUUGCUCUACUUGUGACGGCUCUUAACGAACAAAUUACAAACUUCCUGUUUAACAAGAUGUGAGCUAAUCGUCUAAAAUCAUCGACGCGAAAUAAUGUAUAGGCCUCCACAGAACACAAAUCGAGUGAAAUCUAUCAAAAGUAAGUUCGAAAAUAUCGAAAAUGAGUCCCCAGAAAAGAAAAAUGGGUAUAGAGGUAACUUGAGAGUGAACAAUAGCCCUCAAAGGCCUGAAAAUAUCAUACAGAAUGAAAAACUAGUGGUGCAGAGGCAGCUUAGUGACCCAUGUCGAAGGAAUAUAAAGCGUACACCAGCUUUUCGACUAGACAAAAGUGUUGACAGAACUAGUGGUUUUCAAAGGAAUGGCUUUAAUCGAAGUACCUUGUUUGAAAACAAAGUUAAACAGUUCAGUGCCGUGAAAAACUGUGAUAAUGUUGAUAGUAGUAAUAGUGCAACUCAGGUACCUAAAAAGCCAUUGUUAGUGAAAUCAAAGAGUUCACAUGAUUUCAAGUAUAUCCGCAGUAAGUUUGAUAUGGUGGUGAGUGACAACAACUCAGAGAGUCAAGAACAGUGUAGUGAAAGUGAAGAUUUACAAGGUGUUGAUUUGUCAUUGCUAUAUACAGAACCAAUACCAAAAUCAUUACGUACUAGGAAUGUGGAUGAAGUAGAUUGUCCUAAGAUACAAAGUGAAAAUAUUUACAAUAAGAGUACCUUGAAGAUAAGUGAUAAACCCAGUAAUAAACAACCAUAUGAUUCCAAAGAUGAUGAAAAGUUAACAGAUACAUUGAAAACAGCAUUGAAAAAACCAUUACCAAAUGGCCCACCACCUAAAAAACCGCCGCGAACUUUCCAACAUACUGUGACGAUCGAAAAUCUGGAGAAAAACAUAUCAUUUCUACAUGUAGAAUCUAAACCUAACAAUACGAGGCCUAAGGUGGCUCCUAAGAAAGCAGAUCCUAAAUAUAUGCUUAACAAACUUGAGACAGCACUAAGGAAUAAUAAACUACGAGCUAGGAGACAAGCUAAGACAGAUAUCUCAACCUCAGGUGAGGAUAGUGAUGAUAGCUUGUUGUUCCGCAGCAAGUCAAAUCGCACCCUGCCAAAACUACCCAGUCCAGAAUCUGAAAAUGCUACAUCAGCAUUCAAUCUAAACUGUCUAAAUGGAUUAGGAUGUGCUGUCUCAAAUUAUGAAAAAAUCAAAGAGCCAAAUUCUUCAUUCUUUGUGGAUAACACUGAGGAGCCUCUGUACUCAGAGCCAUAUCAUUAUCUGAAGGAGUCUAUGCUUUUAGAAUUGAGGAUGAGAGAAAAGGGCAAUAGUGAGACCGAUCAUACUUCCAAAAGUUUGAGGAACAGCCUGUACUAUAUGAGCACUCCAGUUUUGAAUGGUGGUUCAAAAACCGCGAUGAGUGUCAAUGGAUCGUCAAAUAUGCAGGAUGAAACCAAAAGCUCUGAAUCGAAAUUAAACUGCAGUUACCCACAGGUAAUCGAUUAGUUCUUAUGCUUUUGUUACCUGCUUUUUAACGAAGGCAACGAAUCGUUAACUUCAUUUAUUUUUUAUUGAUAAUUAUCAAUAAUUAUAUUGAUAAUUAUCAAAAAUAAUUACUGAUUACUUGUAAUCAGGAAGGUUAUGUUAAAAAUGUAGAUGAACUAAGCUUAGUAUUAGUUAUCUGAUAUGUGACGACUUCUCACUAAAGAUAAGUACUCGAAGCAUUGCUUAAAUUGGUCUUAAUAAUAGUACUAUCAUAUCAAAUAACAGAUCUGUUUGUGUGAUUAUAGACAGAAAAAUUAGAUUGUACCUUCCUUUUUUAAACAGAUGUUUCUCAAGUCAUAUCUCUCUAAUUGUGCAAAAUGGUCAAAAAAAAAAGAAGUCCCUAUUACAAGUUAAUGUGGUAUAUACCAACAUUGCAGAUUUUCAUUGCUAAAAAACCAUGGCUAAAAAAACCAUGGUUUGAUUAUUUGAAGAUUGAUCAUGGACGAUUUUUGUUGUCUGUCUACGUCUACUUAAUUUCGUUAAUAUGCCAAAGCUUUCAGUAUGUUCAAUAUAUUCUAGUACUGCUUUUUUAUUAGUUCAUACACAUAAUAACUAUAGCAGUUGCUAGGAAUUGAGAGAUGCGUAAUGUUGAUGCUAUAUUAAUUACAAGUGAAGGUCACCGCUUAAUCUCCUCAACGUAAAUGCCGUGUUGUAUACAGGGUGUUUCAAGAAAGCCUAUUAGAAGAGCUCUGUAUUUAAAAUUCGCACGAAAAGGCGGUGAGCCUAUCUAGUAUUGACAAUAACUGGCUUGAACUAAAUUUUUAUAUGUCUUACAAGAGAUGAUAUACAGGGUGAGUUUUCAGUGUGGGCUUGUUCGGUAACUCCAAAAUCAACUAUUUCUCAAAUUGUUCAUAUGGAACACUCUGUAUAUUUUCAUAUUGAUUCUCGUUUUCUCUUCCCUUUUUUCUGAUAUAUGCUUUAUUAUGGGUACUUAUGGCUGGUUUUUGAAUUACUACAAAUACAGGUACACCAUCCUGACUUUUCAACUUGUAUUGCAUGAGGUUGGGUAGAUCUAUUUUAUAAUGAAAAUACACCAAUCGACCUGCCGUUAGCAGCCAAAUGUCACUUUACUUUUAAAUUUAAUUUAAUAUUUUUCAUUUACCUUGAUAGCUGAUUUACAAAAAGGCUAGCUGUAACUACAAAACCAGUUGUACAAACUUCCAAAGAUUGAUAUCACAAAAGCUUGUACAUUUGAAUUUUUUGAGAAAUCGUUCAAUCUACGUUCUUGACCAUCCUGUAUACACUACCAGAAAAACUGAGUAAGUAAGUAGAUAGAGAGAAAAUAUGGGAUCUUAAAAUGUUUCUGCCGAACAAUUUAGUGCUCUAGCAGUAAUAGUUGACGAGGUGCGAGUUAUCGAAGUUGAACGUUUUUUUUUCGAUCAAUUGUCAAACAACAUUUUGAAAAUAAAACUGUAUAGUAUGUUAUAUAAAAUUGCUUCAUUUGGAAAGGCCUAUUCAAGUCUGCAAUAAAAUUUAGGUCUCUCUAUUUAAAAACGUAUGUUUUUCAACUAAGGGGACUGUUUGCUACAAUUUUUUUGAUACAUUUUUUUGGAUAACAAGCCCACAGUAAAAACUUACAAUGUAGGUGAAUUUACCAGUUUAUAGCAAUACAAAUAUUUUCAUUGGUUUAUAAUAAACAAAAUAUGGAUUUCUUUAUAAGAGGAUGCAAUUUUGACAAAUAAUUUAAUACAGUUUUUUGUUGGUUCACCAAGGGAAAAAUGCUUCAGAUAUUUUUAUGUAUUUUAAACAAUGAUAAGGCCAUUGACAAAUUAAUCAGGUAAUCAAUCAUGGGCAUAAUAUACAUUGUAUAGGAAGGUUUGCGAUUGUUGUCACAUCGCGUGUUGGAAACGGAGCUUUUUGAUAGGUAAAAACCUACCUAAACCCUUUUGAACUUUGCCCUAUGGCAUAAUAUCACUCUCGGACAUACUUCUGUCUAAACCACCUGGUUUGUCUAAAUUAUGUCAAAUUAUCGGAAUGGAAAUUUUUUUCUGAAACAUGCUGAGGGUAGAUGAAGACUGAUACUUUGUAGAAUAGUGAUAGUAUAGUAUCUGUAUUUUGUAUUGUUAUUAAGUAGCUGUUGUGGGUUAAAGCUUAUGACGCCUAUUUUAUUCUUAAUGGUAUAUUUUCUUUUAAUAAAGCAUGCUUUUAUAUUGAUA